AUCGAUCCUACAUGCGUCUGACAGAAAAAGAAAAUGAAACACUACCAAUAGAUGUAAGUUAUUUAAUACUAAAUAGCUAGUAAGUUGUUCCAUUCUUUGAUGUGGAUCCAUUCUAUUAAUUGUGCCGUUUGACUAAACAUACUUCACAUAUUUCAAAAUAAAAAUUAAAUAAAUCUAUUGUUUUCAUUUUGUUUUGCAGAUUGUCUUACAGACUUUGUUAGCAUUUGUUCUGACCAUUUAUGGUAUAGUCCACAUCUCUGGAGAGUUUAAAGAUAUGGAUGCAUCCUCAGAGCUGAAAAACAAGUAAGCCUUCAUUUCAGUAAUUGUAUUUAUUAUGGAUCCCCAUUAGCUCAGCAGCUACUCUUCCUGGGGUCCAGCAAAAAGACAGUUAUACAAUAAAAACAUUACAAUACAUUUCACAAAAGAUUUCACAAAACAUUAAGUGUGUGCCCUCAGGCCACUACUCUACUACCACAUAUCUACAACUCAAAAUCCAUGUGUGUGUAUGUCUGUGUCUCUUCACAGUCCCCGCUGUUCCAUAAGGUGUAUUUUUAUGUUUUUUAAAUCGGAAUUUACUGCUUGCAUGAGUUACCUGAUGUGGAAUAGAGUUCUAUAUAGUACUGUGUGCCUCCCAUAGUCUGUUCUGGACUUGGGGACUGUGAAGAGACCUUUGGUGGCAUGUCUUAUGGGGUAUGCAUGGGUGUCUGAGCUGUGUGCUAGUAGUUUAAACAGAAAGCUUGGUGCGUUCAACAUGUCAAUACCUCUCACAAAUACAAGUAGUGAUGAAGUCAAUCUCUCCUCUCCUUUGAGCCAGGAGAGAUUGACAUGCAUAUUAUUGUUAGCUCUCCGUGUUCAUUUAAGGGCCAGCUUUGCUGCCCUGUUCUGAGCCAAUUGUAAUUUUCCGAGGUCCCUCUUUGUGGCACCUGACCACACGGCUGAACAGUAGUCCAGGUGCAACAAAGCUAGGGCCUGUAGGACCUGCUUUGUUGAUAGCGUUGUUAAGAAGGCAGAGUUGCGCUUUAUUAUGGACAGACCUUUCCCCAUCUUAGCUACUGUUGCAUCAAUAUGUUUUGACCAUGACAGUUUACAAUCCAGGGUUACUCCAAGCAGUUUAGUCUCCUCAACUUGCUCAAUUUCCACAUUAUUCAUUACAAGAUUUAGUUGAGGUUUAGGGUUUAGUGAAUAAAUUGUCCCAAAUACAAUGCCUUUAGUUUUUGAAAUAUUUAAGACUAACUUAUUCCUUGUCACCCAUUCUGAAACUAACUGCAGCUCUUUGUUUAGUGUUGCAGUGAUUUCACUUGUAGCUGACGUGGAUAGUGUUGUCAUCAGUAUCCCUAUAUUGUUAUUGACCUAUCGCACUGAAAACAUAAUCAUGAAUAUAGUUCAAACUACUCACUGCCCUCUUCUCGUUUUUCAGGACGUUUGACACAUUGAGGAACCACCCAUCUUUCUACAUGUUCAAUCAUCGGGGUAGGGUGCUCUUCUGCUCUCCCAACCAAGAGGUCUCCACCGUCCCGAACCCACAGGCCCUGCGGCUACGCAAGCUGGAGCAUUUGCAC